AUGUACAAACCUUCCAGUCAGGAAGAGAUGGACUACAUCAGCAAGAGGUUUGAAGAAUAUACCGAUCGAGUGAGACGUCAAACCCAUAUAUUGGACAACUUUGACAAUGCAGUUAUCCUCGCGGACGCUAGAACACUAUUUUCAUAUAUUGCGCUUCUGGAGUCGACAAUCAAAACCCAACGGGUUAAGGUUGCACCCCAAACUUAUACGAAGUGCGUUAACCAACACAUCAUGAUACUAGACCGAGACGCCAUCCAAGAAGAGAACCAUGCGAUCGGUUGGGCCUGCAGGCCAGGAGAAUUGUGGAAAGCAGCAGCGACGUUUUUGAAGUACACAGCGACCAGAGAUGGGUCACUAAAGGGGAGGUGCAGAUAG